ACAGGGCCCGCCGUGCUGCGUGACGACCCUGUGCAGCUCACUCGUUGAAUCGCUGCUUCCCCCGCGAAGCCUCAACCACGCCAACCCCUCACGGCCAGUGCAACGCUCUCUCUCCCAGACUCCCCAUCCGUUGCACUCCUACGACAUCGCUAUCGCCGCCUAUGCACGCGCAAUAAUCCUGCCUCGCGCCCUAAUUGCUCUGAUCCCCCUGCUGCACCCGCGCACUCCGCACCUCCGCCCACUGAAGACGCCCGACGCGGCACCGCGCCCAGCAGCAGCAGCAGCAGCAGCAGCAGCAGCUCCCUCUCCCCAGGGCACGCCUCCCCAGGGCAGGGCCUCGAAUUUCACGACCUCCUCCCGCCCGUAUUAUGCCUACCCUCGGAUUUCUCAAGAAGAAGCGGACGAAGGACUCGGGCGGCUCCAAGGACCUCGAUUCGCCGACGUCGCCCAUCAAAGAAACGUCGUCGGGCUCGUCCAUCACCCCAACCACCUCCAAGAACCGCACCUCGGGCUCCUUCCACAUGACCAAGACGCGCACCAACGACAGCGCCCACAGCCACGCCAUUAGUCAGCAACAGUCGGCCACGCAGCAGCACCAGCAGCAACAGGCACAGCAGCAGGCACAGCAGCAGUCCAAUGCGCCCUCGGCCGCGCCGCACAAGCCGACCGACUCGAUGAACCCCGCCUACAGCCCGCACCCCGUCGCGAGCCCGCACAGCAACCCGCAGCAGCCCUCGCACAACGUCGCCAGUAUACAGAACCUGAUACACCCGACCAACAGCAUCCCGCAGCAGCAGCAUGCCAGCAACAAUGCCACUAAAAACGGCGGCGUACAGUUCCAGACGCAGCCCCUCAACCAGACCCGCGUCACCAAGGGCAAGUACUCGCUGACCGACUUCACCAUCCAGCGCACCCUCGGCACCGGCUCCUUUGGGCGCGUGCAUCUCGUGCAGAGCAAGCACAACCAGCGCUUCUAUGCCGUCAAGGUGCUGAAGAAGGCCCAGGUCGUCAAGAUGAAGCAGGUCGAGCACACCAACGACGAGCGCCGCAUGCUGCAGCAGGUCAAGCACCCGUUCCUCAUCACCCUGUGGGGCACCUUCCAGGACUCGAAGAACCUGUACAUGGUCAUGGACUUUGUCGAAGGCGGUGAGCUGUUUAGUCUGCUGCGAAAGUCCCAGCGCUUCCCCAACCCCGUCGCCAAGUUCUACGCCGCCGAGGUCACCCUGGCCCUCGACUACCUGCACUCGCACAACAUCAUCUACCGCGACCUGAAGCCCGAGAACCUGCUGCUCGACCGCCACGGCCACCUCAAGAUCACCGACUUCGGCUUUGCCAAGGAGGUGCCGGACAUCACAUGGACCCUCUGCGGUACGCCCGACUACCUCGCGCCUGAGGUCGUGGCCUCCAAGGGCUACAACAAGUCGGUCGACUGGUGGUCGCUCGGCAUCCUUAUCUUCGAAAUGCUCUGCGGCUUCACGCCCUUCUGGGACGGCGGCUCCCCCAUGAAGAUCUAUGAAAACAUCCUCAAAUCGCGAGUGAAAUAUCCGCCAUACAUCCACCCGGACGCGCACGACCUGCUCCAGAAGCUCAUCACCCCGGACCUCACCAAGCGACUUGGCAACCUGCAUGGCGGCAGCAAGGACGUAAUGAACCAUCCCUGGUUCGCAGAGGUAACGUGGGACAGGCUGCAGAAAAAGGACAUUGACGCACCCUACGUACCACCUGUCCGCGCUGGCGUCGGCGAUGCCAGCCAGUUCGACAAGUACCCCGAAGAGACGGAGGCGUAUGGUCAGGCUGGUGACGACCCGUGCGUGGCGAAACCUCCUUAUGAUAUCGAACAUGUGCUAAAAUGUCCCAAUAGGCAUGGACACCUCUUCCCAGACUUCUAGACACACUUCCCGCCUUGUCGUCGUAAGAAGGUCGAAGUCUUGUUCAGCCUCUCCUUUGUACGCCCAUCGAAGCUCCUGUAGCAUAUCGACGGCACUUUCGAACC